ACACCUUCACACCGCUAGACGCUGUAUUUGCACACACUGUUUUGUCAUGGAAAGUUGUGCCUCUUGGAGAAAAUCUUAUUGUUUGCGAUUAUGACUGUUGGUUUGAAUUGUCACCAUACGGAAAGCAGUGUUGUUACAUCACACUGAAUCUCCCGUAACCCUGCCCGAAGACCCGCAGGUGGUCCAACUCCUUUGCAAGCAAGGAGAGGGAGAGGGACACGCACGAAGGCGGCGAGAGAGAUAGACAUGAUGUUCACUUUUCUGAUGACACACCAACAAUCGUCAACCUGUGGAUAGGGUGCGCAUGGUGCGCCUGGGGGGAGGCGGAGGGCUCAGUUUUCACUUUCGGAGUCAUGGAGCGGGAAGCGAGUCCGAGCAAGGAGUGCAUCCAGAAAGUUGAAGUGCGGUGCGCCAUCCCCGCUUCAUGAAUGGACCCAUCAUGGAGGAGAUGCCUUUCCAAAGAGUGAAGACUCGGCGGAGAAAGGGUCACUGCCCAGCCGGUGCACCCCUGGACGCCAUAGUGUGUGAGGACGAGUUCAACAGCCAGGAGCUGGAGGCUCUCUUCCAGAACUACAACCUGAAGCUGGAGCAGACAGCUACCCUCAAGGCGCUGGCGGUGCUCAUUAUCGCCGCGUCGUCGCUGUCCCUGGUGGAGCUGCUCGCCAACCCGCGUCUCACCCUCUCCAAGGGAUCCAACCCCGUGCAUUGCGUGGUUUUCCUGUCGCUUUUUAUCGUCACCAAUGUCAAAUACCUACAAGUGACGCAGCUGCAGCAAAUAGCCAAGCUCGCCUUGCUCUUCAGCUUCACCUUCGCGCUGCUCUGCUGCCCGUUUCCGUUGGCCCUGGGCACGUCGGAGACGGUGAGCGCCUCCGCAGCGGAGCAUGGCGUGUGGCAGCUCAUGCUGGUCACCCUGGUGGCUUACAUGCUGCUGCCAGUGCGGACUCUGCUGGCUGUGAUCUUUGGCGUCAUGUUGGCUACAUCUCAUUUUAUUGUCAUCUCCACGUCGGUCACCAGGAGAACACAGGAGCUGUGGAGACCGCUGGUAGCCAAUGCAGUGCUGUUCACCAGUGUCAACUUGUCGGGGGUGUUUGUGAGGAUUCUCACCGAGCGCACCCAGAGGAAAGUCUUUCUCCAGGCUCGCAACUGCAUCGAGGAGAGACUGAGACUGGAGGAUGAGAACGAAAAACAGGAGCGUCUGCUGAUGAGUCUACUGCCCAGGAAUGUUGCCAUGGAGAUGAAGGAGGACUUUCUGAAGCCGCCCGAGAGGAUCUUUCACAAGAUCUACAUCCAACGUCAUGACAAUGUCAGCAUCUUAUUUGCAGAUAUUGUCGGGUUCACCAGUUUGGCGUCCCAGUGUACUGCUCAGGAAUUGGUCAAACUUCUCAAUGAACUUUUUGGGAAGUUUGAUGAACUUGCUACAGAGAAUCACUGCAGGCGUAUAAAGAUCCUUGGGGACUGUUAUUACUGUGUAUCAGGAUUGACCCAACCCAAGGCAGACCACGCCCACUGCUGUGUCGAAAUGGGCCUGGACAUGAUUGACACCAUAGCGUCAGUGGUGGAGGCAACAGAGGUAGAUUUGAAUAUGCGUGUUGGCCUACACACAGGACGGGUGCUGUGCGGCGUGCUUGGCCUCAGGAAAUGGCAGUAUGACGUCUGGUCAAACGAUGUCACAUUGGCGAAUGUGAUGGAGGCCGGAGGACUGCCUGGCAAGGUGCACAUCACAAGAACCACCCUGGAGUGUUUGAAUGGUGAUUAUGAGGUGGAACCGGGCUUUGGCCACAAGAGACACGCCUUUCUUCAGAAACAUCACAUAGAGACGUUUUUCAUCGUGCCAUCACACAGACGCAAAAUCUUUCCUGGUUUAAUUCUGUCUGACAUCAAACCAGCCAAGAGGAUGAAGUUCAAGACGGUGUGCUACCUGCUCGUGCAGCUCAUGCACUGCAGGAAGAUGUUCAAGGCUGAGAUCCCCUUCUCCAAUGUCAUGACCUGCGAGGAUGAUGACAAGCGGAGAGCAUUACGGACUGCAUCAGAGAAAUUAAGAAAUCGAACAUCCUUCUCAGCCGCCACCAUCCAGCACUCACCAGGAACACGAGUCAACCGCUACAUUGGACGGCUCAUAGAAGCUCGGCAGACCGAGUCGGGGACAUCAGAUCUCAACUUCAUGACGCUGUGCUUCAGGAACAGAGACAGGGAACGCAGGUAUAACCAGGUGUAUGACGAUCAUUUCAUCAGCGCAGUGGUUGUCUCUCUGAUCCUGGAUGCAUUCUUUGGCCUUAUCUAUCUGUUAAUGAUCCCACAGGGGAUGCUGGUACUUCUUCUGUUGGUGUUGUGUGUAUGUUUUCACAUGGCUGGUGUCAUGUACCUGCACCUUACAAGUGUACAGUGUCAUCCAGGCUGCCUCACCAUCCAGAUCAGAACAGUAGUUUGUGUUUUCCUAGUUUUGCUGUCUUAUUCUGUUACCCAGGCCUGUAUGGUAGGAUUUAUUCCAUGGAGUCGACUUAGACCAAACUCCAGCCACUCAGACGUGUUUGGUGUUGAACCCCCCAACACCACAUCUGCAGAUAGAACUGUCCCGAAUAUGGCAUAUGCACUUUUGUCUUGUUUAGCUGGUACACUCACCAUUGUCCCCUACCUCAGAGUGUCUUCACUUCCAAAGAUCCUCCUGCUCCUCAUACUGUCUGUCACUUACACCAUCAUCAUGGAGGCCAGUGGUUAUCGACAAGCUGUUGGUGGUGGCUUUCUACACACACAGGGAUAUGAUCCUGUGUUGGCUGUAUUGCUCUUCUCUGGUGCUCUGGCUCUCCACUCGAGACAGCUUGACCUGAAGCUGCGUCUUGACUAUUUAUGGGCAACUCAGGCGGAAGAGGAGAGAGAUGACAUGGAGAAAGUCAAACUGGACAACAAGAGGAUCCUGUUUAACCUGCUCCCAGCACAUGUGGCUCAACACUUCCUUAUGUCAAACCCCAGGAACAUGGACUUGUACUAUCAGUCCUACGCUCAGGUUGGAGUACUGUUUGCUUCUAUCGCCAACUUCAACGACUUCUACAUUGAGUUGGAUGGAAACAACAUGGGUGUCGAGUGUCUCAGGCUGCUCAAUGAGAUCAUAGCUGACUUUGACGAGCUGAUGGACAAAGAGUGCUACAGAGAUAUUGAGAAAAUUAAGACGAUUGGCAGUACAUACAUGGCGGCAGUAGGACUUGUUCCUACAACUGGCUCCCAGGCAAAGAAGUCCAUCACAUCUCAUGUAUGCACAGUGUCAGAUUUUGCCAUUGAGAUGUUUGACGUCCUUGAUGCCAUCAAUUACCAGUCUUACAAUGACUUUGUCCUGAGAGUAGGAAUAAAUGUGGGUCCAGUGGUGGCCGGAGUCAUCGGAGCCAGACGGCCCCAGUACGAUAUCUGGGGAAAUACAGUGAAUGUAGCAAGCAGAAUGGAUAGUACUGGAGUACAAGGGAAAAUACAGGUGACAGAAGAUGUCUAUCGUGUCAUCGCAGACCAAUAUAACUUUGUCUGUCGGGGCCAGGUCAGUGUAAAGGGCAAAGGUCAGAUGCUUACUUACUUCCUGGAAGGGCGGAGGCAAGGCUGCUGUCUGUUAUCUCAGUCCGUUCAGCAGUCUCGUAAUACUGAGCGUCGCUCGAGCGCCUUCUCCCAUGGCAACGUGCGCACCAAGUUAAGCCCCGCCCCUACAGUGAACACGUAUGGUACAAUCAGGACCCCGAGCCCAAGCAUGGCUAAACCAACGACCUCUACCAGCACCAGUAGGUACUUGCCCUCUGUCCCAACUGCAGUCGUGUGAUGUCCACUGUCUUCAUGGUGACAAUAGAAAGGAAUAAGAAAAUGAGGGAAGACAUUAGACAGAAGGACGUUCUCCGCUCUCCUACGUAUCUGUAGGGUGCAGUGAGACUGAGGGACAAACAUUGUCUUAUGGGAGACUUGGACUUGGACCCAGCAUGCAUCCAGGACUGAUCACAGGGGGCCUCGAUUGGACUCUCCGUCCAUGUUUGAGUUUGUUGUUUGACGCCGCAGGGAGUCAUGAACAGGAUACAGGAUGCUCCAUUCUCUUUGCUUUGUAGUCAAUCAAAGGCCAAGGAUGUGUCCAGGAUUUCACUCCUAACUGUAUCCACAAAUACAAUAAACUAUAUCAUCAUAAACACAUGCACAGUUGAUAGUGUAGCACGCAAUUCUCGCACAAACAAUUCCUUUAACCACAUUAGCCGACCCCUUUUUCACAGUAUCAAGCCAAAUCAGUGUUAUUGCCUUAGUGAACACGUCCGUCUCAGAGCACAUUUACUCCUUAAACCUCAAAUAUUCUUGAUUUAUGACAAAGAAAUUCAGAUUAAUUUAUUGCUGCAAUGUUUCUGACCAGUAGUUUUUCAAGCAGAUGGAGCCAAAUGUGUAAUUAUCCUAUAAACUUGCCAAAUUGCAACAGGGCACUGCCUUUUAAUCAAUUUUGGGAGAGCGUACUCCUUAUUGUAAUCCUCUAAUGCUACAUGAGGUAAACAUGUUUUUUUUUUAAGUGCAUGAAUCCAUUGCUGCAUUUCAUGUUUGCUAUUUGUUUGCCUGUGAUGCUUGACUUCCAGAUUCUUCCUUAGCAAAGUGUAGCAAUAAAGUAGUUUGUCUCCUAUCUCAGCAUAUUCACUUUUGCAUGCUGUAGCCAGCUGGAUCCUGUUUUGACCUCAUAGUCUAUGUAGCUGGCAGAACGUGCAUCGUUAGCCACAGACGUGUGUAUCUGUGUGGAGUUGAAGCAUGACUUUAGAAAGCUUAUUUUCCGUGUCAUGUAAUUGUAACUUAUUCCCGAUGGAGUAUUUAUUUGUGUAAUAUUUUGUUAAAUUGGUAUAAAAUAUUCUUAGAUUUUUAAAAGGUACUUUGGUAUUGGAAAUAAAAACGGAUGUUUAUGAGGAUUCAGAGAAAUCUCUUUUGAUGUCUUCCUCAUAAAUAGAAAUUCUCCUCUAGUGUUGGAGCAUGCACUGGCUCUUACAUGCAUGCGAUGAUGAAACCUGAGUACAACUCAAGCAGCAGACGCACUUCAUGUCGUCCUUAAGCAUGUUCUAUACAGGUAGCGGUUCUCUUGAAUGUAAGGUGCUUUUUUGACCUGUGUCUUCUUCUUAAGCUUGAUGUGCAAACUUUUUGACAACAUUUCAGGAAAGUUGGACAAGCACGGAGUGUUCCUCUUCCUUGCUCCUGCUGUUGUCAACUGUUUUUUUAACGUGCCAACCUAUUUUCAUAAACAUAUCAAAUCUUUUGUGUUGGGCUGUAGCACAAGGAAUGCGUGACUGCAGUAAUUGUGGAUUUUCUUUGUUGGAUGCCUAAAUUUCUAUACUUUCAGCUGUGUGUGUUUUCUUUUGUUUCAUAAGUCUUGGUACAUGUUAGGAAGCGUUACCUGGGUGAAAUGAUGUUGUUCUUCUUGAUAUUGAAAUAGUUUUAAUGGUUGUAUAGAAGCUUGAAUGCUUGCUUGAAGUUUCUAAAAAUGAGGACUUUUAUACGAUUUAGAGUUGAUAAGGGGUGGGGAGGGGGGGUUGUUACGUAAGAUUUUUUUUUUCUGUAAAUUUGAUAUUUUCAUACUUGAUGCAAUUGUUGUAUGUGAUUAUGACUAACUAUUGUCCAUUGUAGUUUUUUCCACAGAUAUGUUAUUAUUGAUUUAAUAUUUGUCAAGAGCUUUUGUUUGAUAUGUUUUAUGUCAAUGGAAUUUUCUGUUCAAGACAAUAUUUUCUAAUGUGUUUGCACUGCAAUGAUAUUGACGUUUUGUGAAUAUGAAAAUAAAGUAAGAGGGUUCAUGUCCCCACUCUUCUUCGUCAACACAACAUACAUACAAAGCGCCAAAGUUACAUAACAGUGGCUGACGUAAGGAGCAAUGCUGUGGUCCAUGUCAGCCUGAUUCCAGCAGUGUUUUUCAGAGGCAAUGUCAUGCUGAUGUUUUCAACACAUCUGCAACCAUUGCGAAACGAGUACAGCAGAUACUGUGCAAUACAGGUCAAUACCGCCAAGUUUUUGAGUGCCAAAAAUGGUGGAAAUCCCAGAAAGUGGGUCUGACAUUGUUUAAAUGAGUUUUUGUACAUGGAACGAUCCACCGGGAGCACCGUGAGUCUGGGCCACUACAUCUUCUUUUCAUCUGUUCAUGAUAGUUGCAUGUGGAAAUGUUACAGCAUUUUAAAUUACAUUGG